AUGCCAGACGUCGACCCCGCCAUCAUCGAAGCCCUCGGCCUCACCCCCGAGCACACCAAGAUAACCUCCCACGGCGGCUCCGGCUUCUCCUCCACCUUCAAGCUGACCUCGACACUUAAUGGCAAGCCGAAACGCUACUUCGUCAAGACCGGCACAGGCACCGCCUCAGAGGUCAUGUUCCGCGGCGAGCACGCCUCCCUGAACGCCAUCGCCGCCGCUGUCCCCAGCUUCUGCCCGCGCGCCCACGCCCACGGCGCCCUCGCCAACAGCCCUGACCGCUUCUUCCUCGCUACCGACUUUCUCGACCUCGGCGCCUCCCAGUCCAUUGCAAGUUCAGGACUGUCCCUGGCGGCCAAGCUCGCAAAGCUGCACACGACGCCGGCGCCGACGCCGGAUGGGUUUGACGCCCCUGUUUUCGGCUUCCCCGUGACGACGUGCUGCGGCGCCACGCCGCAGCACAACACGUUCAAGACGUCAUGGGCGGACUUUUACGCCGAGAACAGGCUGCGGGCCAUCUGCCGCGCGGGUGUCAAGGCCAACGGGGCCGACGCCGAGCUCGAGGAGGCUGUGGAGAAGGUUGCUGGCGUCGUCACGCCGCGGCUGGUGGGCGAGAAGACGAUCGGGCCCAUCACGCCCGUUGUCGUGCAUGGCGAUCUCUGGAGCGGGAACCACGGCACGGGACGGAUCGAUGGGCAGGGACGCGCCGAGGAGGUCGUCUUUGAUGCGAGUGCCGUCUAUGGGCACUCUGAAUACGAACUGGGCAUCAUGCGCAUGUUUGGCGGGUUUGGCGGCGCAUUUUGGAACGAGUAUGAGGAGCUUGUGCCCAAGGCGGAGCCAAAGGCCGAAUGGGAAGAUCGCGUCAAGUUGUACGAACUAUACCAUCAUCUUAAUCACUAUGCCAUGUUCGGCGGGGGCUACCGUGGGGGGGCCAUGUCCAUUAUGAAGAAGCUCAUUUCGAAAUAUGGUUGA